UGGUUUCACGCAAUAGUUUGCAACGCGCAGCUCUUGAACGCACCCCUGGGCACAGCCUGGCUAGGUAGCUAGCAGCGGUAGAUUUGACUGGAGACAGUGUUUCAGCAAAAUGGGAGACGACUUGGGCGACGAGUGGUGGAAGCAAGAGGACAAAUCUGGGGGGUCUGAGGCGGAGGAGGAGCCAGAGCAACAGGAAACAGGAACAACACAGGAAACAGACAAAACAAAGACAAAACCAGAGAAGAGGAAGAGGACAAGUGAGAAAACGGUUAAAGCCAAAAAGAAGAAAAGCAAUGAACAGAACAAGAGUGUAGCUCCAAAGAAACAGACCGAGGAUGAGGAGUCAACUAAACCCAAGAGAAAGAGGAAGAAAAAGAAGAAGACCAUCACAGACGUCUUGGCUGUAACAGAACCAAAACCAGGCUGUCCAGCGGAUCUGCAGAAGGUGCUCACGCUCUACUUCUCAGACAAGCGCUCGGUGAUUGAGCAGGAGGCGCUGCACUUGGAGGACUCUGACUUCCUGUCCAGCAAUGACCUGACUCACAGCCUCUCAUCAUACCUAAAACAGGUUUGUCCUAAAUGGGCCAAGAUCCAAAAGCAACACACAGAAAAGGGAUCGGCGGUUCUGCUCAUCGUCUGUAGCUCUGCUCUUCGAUGCAUCGAGCUCAUCAAGAAUCUGUCUGCAUUCAAGGGCCAAGCCAGAGUCCUGAAGCUCUUUGCUAAACACAUAAAGGUGGAGGAGCAGGUGAAGCUGCUGCAGAAAGGCGUCGUUCAUAUCGGAGUGGGAACGCCUGGAAGGAUUAGUGCCCUCAUUGACAAAGAGGCUUUGAGCUUGACUGCUUUGAGAUACCUGGUUGUGGACUGGAACUGGAGGGACCAGAAGCUCAGAAGGAUGGUGGACAUUCCUGAGAUCAAACUGGACUUCAUGAAGCUGUUGGAGAGCGUCAUUCUGAAUAACAGCAAAGAAGGAAAGGCCAAAAUUGGACUGUUUUAACUUGUGUUUUAACCUUGGUCAUUCGUUAUAAAGCGAUGUUUGAUUGUUGCGACAGCAGAGACACUGAAGCCGUGGGGCCUCAUCCUGUUGUUUCCUCUUGGUGUCAACUUGAAACCUGUGCAAUGCUUUUAGUAUUUUCCGAGGUUGUGUCAAACAUGUGGUGGUGUUUGUUCACCGUUGUUGUCUAACGGUGUCUCAGUGUGAUGGAUUGAAUAAACACGCUCCGAAUAAAA